AUCAAUGUUUUUGUCUGUUUCAAAAGCAGCAAAGGAUCUUUCGGGAGGGGUUUCUUCUCAGCCAUACUUUAGCUAUGGCUGCAAAGGUUCCUCACUGGCAUAGCUAUCUUCAGGUGAUUCUGUCCCGUGAAAGCCAGAAAGUGGAACAUUUCCAGAAAGCAGAGAACAUUUUGCUUAUUGUACUGGAGAGAGUCAACGCAAUGGACCCCAGGUUUAUAGUAGACUAUUCGAGAAACCUGGAAGCCUUGGAAUUUGCCCUCUCUGCUGCAGAGGAUGAAAUAAGCAUGGAGGUUCCGUUGUGUAUCGAUGGUGAUGCUCUCUUGAUGGAGGAGUGUUCGGGUGAACACAGCGACUCAGAAAAGGUUAAUCAUGGGAACUACCAGAUGCCAGGAUCUUGCUAUUUAGGGAUACCCAAGGAAGGCACUCACCUUGAAAACUGGACCAAUGAAGACGUAUUCAGUGUUGUGGGCAGUACUGAAUCCAGUGGUCACAUCGUGCCAGGCAAGGUCCUUCAUCUCCUGAAAGAACUGAUUGUUGCUGCAAUUGUACACUGCAAGCGUCAGUCUCUUAUCAAGCCAGGUGAACUCAGUGCUGAGAGGCUAAAGGAAGAUGACAUGCAGCUGCCUUUGCUAGUGUCCAGUGGCUGGAAAAUGAUAUGCUUCAACAUUGUCCCUGUAAUAAGGAGAAAGCAGGAUGCUCUGAAACUCAACAACAAUUGGCAAGACAAGGCGUUUCCACAUGGUAGCAUGAGCAAAGCCACUCAGGAAGCUGACUACAUCCCUGCUAGUUACUAUCAUUGGAGGUAUUCCACCAAUCGCCCUAUCCUGAAACUUGUUCAGAUUGUGAGCACUCUAAAGGGGCAUUGUCUGGACAGUCUCCGCCUCCUUGAUCAAGUCAACCGAGAGAACUGGAAAGAAAAAGGGAAGAAAAAUGGGCUUACAUUUCACCACUUGAAGAUGGUGUUGCUCUGGGCCACUCACUUUUUUUCUUCUCCUGAAGACUGGAUGAAUCUGGAGGGGUCAGUGUACCGCCUUCUGGUGAUUUUGCUUUGCUGCUUGGUGACCAAACAUCUCCCUCAUUUCCUGUAUCCAGAGCAAAAUCUGUUCCAGGGCGGUGGCCUGGAUCUGAACUCUUUGUAUUCCAAAGUGGAGAGUUUUGCUAGCAAUCCUGAGCAUUUCCUGAAGUUCCAUUUUGCCAUAAGAGAAGACAACACACACCAUCAGGUGGACGAUGGUCUCAAAGCCUUGCUUCAUCUCCCAGUUGAAGAUAAAGCCUACUGGGACACUGCCUUCUUUGAUAUGCUGCUUGACAAGUUUCAGGUGUACCAGAUUAAGGACACACAGAGGAUCUCUGCUAUGUCACACCUCCUGUCUAGGACCAAGAAAGUGGUGAAUAACCAGAGCUGAAAACAUCAGUAUGGCAUCCUAGACCUCUCUGCCUAGAUGGAAUUCAUUUUAAGUUUAGCAUAUUUCCUACGACAAAAAAUUAUAUCUGUUAUUAACUGCUUACUUGAAUUUCUGGCACUCAUCAUAAUUGCUUUAAGAAGAAAACAGCACACAAAAAUGACAAUUUCUGAUUAUAACCUGGUGGAAAUCACCAGGUAGAAACUCCAUCAUUAGGGAUGAUAGUCCAAUAGAAAAAGUGAAUGCCUACGGUAAUGUUAUUUUCCGUGUAUAAAGUUCUACAACAAUUAAGUGAAAGAAUUAAGAUAUUCAUGUACUAUAACAACUAGGGGAAAGAUUCUGAGUCUCAGCAGAAAAGGCAGGCCUGUGGAAUCAGCAGAAGAUGUGAGAUGCCUCCAAAAAAAGUAGGGCAAGUGUCCUUUCUCACCUUUGCAGGGUUCAUGAAAACAUGGACAACAGUCUGCGGGCAUUCCUGCAGACAUCCCUUGAUCCUUCUCCUGUAAGAAUUCAAGAUCUGAGGAAGAAGCACACACCUAAACCUAUAGGGAUCUAUUGCACCAGAGGGGUGUUCUGCAACUUUCCAGUUUUUCUCCGCUCCCCAGUUCUGUGCCUAGGCUGCUGUCAAGUUUGGUUCAGUUUUGCUGUGGGUGUGGAGCAGUAAGGGCAGCUAUCUCUCCCCCCCCAUCAAAUCAAGGUGCAGUACCCAUUAAAGCCAGCCAUCCUAUUUGGGUAUUUCAGGCAGAAAAUCCCACAAGCACUUUUCUCUCUCCUUGGCAGCAAAAAUGCAACAAUAAUAAAUUAAAUAAUAAUUUGCUGGCCUUUUAUGACACCCAAAAUGUGUUGUCUGAGGCAACUACCUCACUCUUAACUAAUGGUAGGGCUAGACUGGUGGGCAGUGCAGCCCAGGAGAGUAUAGUAGCUGUAGGCUGUUCUGUGCAUGUUUGUACUUUGAACACAGUUUUAGGACAUACAGACUUUAGUGCAGCAGCCAUUGUAGUAAUUAUGAUUAUUGGUAUUAAUUUUAUUUGUCGUUUAGCUGUAAAAUAUGGUGCUUUGUUGCAAGUAGGGCCUUACAAAAGCUAUGCUGGGCCAUAUACCGUUUUUUUGUUAUUGUCACAGAAUAAGUAACCUUCUGCAUAUGAAGAAUUCAUGGAAUAACAGGUUUAAAGUAUAUCUUUUUGCAUACUUGUAUCAAAAGGUUUAUGUAUUUAAAAGUGCUUUCAUAUAGUCCUAAUUACUCUUAAGAUCCAAUGAAUGUAUGUUAAUUCUUAAUUAUGGGAAAACAGAUAUACUGAUAUGCAUGAAAUAUGAGACCUGGUAUCUGGUCAUUAAAUUAAUGCUUGCCUUCCCA